AUGUCUGAUCCCAAAAAGUACACCGUCGGCUGGAUCUGCGCCCUUCCAGUCGAGUUCGUCGCUGCGCAGACAUUUCUCGACGAAGAACACGGCCAGCCUGAAUUCGUUCAUCCCCAUGACGCUAACGGUUACAAGCUUGGCAAGAUUGGCCCCCAUAACGUCGUUAUUGCAACCUUACCCGAUGGUGAGUACGGGACUGCCUGUGCAGCAAGAGUAGCCGCGAAUAUGCUUAGCAGCUUUCCCAAUAUCCGAAUCGGGCUCAUGGUUGGGAUCGGCGGAGGUGCUCCAAGCAGAACAAACGAUAUUCGAUUAGGAGAUGUUGUUGUUAGUGCCCCGAGGGAUGGAGAAAGGGGGGUCUUUGAGUAUGACUUUGGGAGAACGGUGCAGGGGAAGAAGUUUCAAGUGACAAGAUUACUGGAUCAACCGCCGACUAUUCUUCGGAGUGUGGUGACAGUUAUCCAAACGGAUCACAGGAGAAAGGGUCAUCGGAUCCAGGAGGCUGUUGACGCUGUUCUUGCAGACAAUCCGAGAUUGAAGGCGAAGUUUCAGCGACCCCAUCCAAAAACCGAUCGACUCUUCAAGUCUGAAAUCAUUUACGACCCGGAGCGACAAUUCAAUGAGACUAGUCUAGUGAAGCGACGAGAACGCGAACCGCAUGAAGAUAACCCAGCAAUUCACUAUGGCACAAUUGCCUCAGCAAACCAACUCAUGAAGGAUGCCACCAUCCGAGAUAAACUUGUUGAGGAGAAGAACGUCUUGUGCUUUGAAAUGGAAGCAGCCGGAUUAAUGAACCACUUUCCGUGUCUUGUUAUUCGGGGUAUCUGUGACUAUUCAGAUACACAUAAAAACGAUGCAUGGCAAGGAUACGCGGCGAUGGUGGCGGCGGGGUUUGCGAAGGAGCUGCUUAUGGAAAUUGCCCCAAACAGGGUAGAGGUUCAACGGAGAAUUCAGGAGCUUUGGAGAGAUAUCACCGAUUUGAAGGCCACGGCUGAUAAGAAUCACACUGAGGCUAUCCUCAACUGGCUUGCAAGUAAUGACCACAAUAUCCAGCACUGUCGAUUUUCCGAAAUGAGACACAAAAAUACCGGAUUGUCGUUCCUCAGGUCCACUGAGUUCCUUCAGUGGUCAAACGGGCGCGGUCAGAUACUGUUUUGUCCAGGCCCUCCUGGUGUUGGAAAGACAAUCAUGACCUCGACUGUAGCCAAUCAUCUUUUAUCGAGGAGGUCGCAUGCCAACAUUGGAGUUGCCUUUCUUUAUCUCGACUAUGCCGCUCAACAAGAGCAAUCUCUCCGCUGUCUCAUGGCUGCGCUUCUAAGACAGCUUGCAUAUUCUGGGAACGGGGUGCAUGACUCGGUGCAGAUGAUGUUCAAUGACAGGCAUAAUAUUCCAAACCCAACCCCAGAAUAUUUGAUAGCUGCUCUCCAUUCUGUAAUUGGAGCGUUUGAUGCUAUCUUUCUUCUCGUGGACGCCUUAGACGAAUGCCAGUCGCCAAAGUGUAGGAAAGACCUUCUCAUGGAACUCAUCAGACUCCAGUCUCACCUGAACGUGAACAUCUUCCUGACGUCCAGGCCCGAUCAUCGAAUAUUAGAGCUUUUCAGCCCUACCGCCCUCAUAAUCAAAGAACUCUUGGGAUCGCCAGAUGACCUUGACGCCUACCUAUCCGACGAGCUUCUGCGCGUAUAUACAGGCGUUAAGGCAUAUCCGGGCGUCUUGUAUCAAGCCAAAAGAGACAUUUUGCAAGCUGCUGGAGGAGUGUUCCUCAUUGUUCGGCUUUAUCUGAAUCUCCUUUACGACAGGGAUAUUUCCUCUCUCGAUGAAUUCAAAGCAGCAUUGGUGGAGAUUAACGCGGGCCUUUCUACAUCCAGCCACCAAAGGUCAAAAUUGCUUGAAGAUACCUAUACCAAAACGAUAAAACGGCUACAGCUUCGCAGUGACACUCUAGCUAUGCGUGCCAUUAUGUGGAUUGCGUGCUCCAAGAGGCCAAUGACAUUUCCCCUGUUGCAGCAGGCUCUUGGUGUUCAAGUUUCGGAAGGAACUACGAAUUCCACAUCUGGAACACCGAAUAUCGCCUCCAUGGAAAAAAUCUUCUCCGCUUGUCUCGGCCUCUUAACCAUGAACCCGACAACUCUCCAAAUCGUGUUCGCACACAACACUGCGCAUGAAUAUUUCGUCUCAUCCCAGCGGGAGCAUUUCCCGCAUGCAGAUGCUGAAAUGACCCAAACAUGCGUCUCGAUGCUUCUACAUUUCACGCCACCAGUAACACUCGCAUGGCCACUGCAAGUUUUACCCUUCGAACAACUAUCUAAUUUGAGAGACUCGUGUCAAUUUUACUUCUACGCAGCAUCAGAGUGGGGCCACUAUGCCCGAAAUACCUCUGCCCAUCGCGACCUAAUCUUAAAAUUCCUCAAGCAAGAAGAUAAAGUGAAUGCAACUGAAUAUGGGCUCUCUAUCUCCCUAGGCCACAUACGUCUGAUCAAGUUUAGUCUAGACUCAACGCCCUGGACUAUGGCCCCUCCAGUGCGCCCAAUCCACCUAGUCGCAUAUUUUGGCCUCGAGGAUGUCUUCCGCCACUUGACUGAGAUGAGCCCAUCGCGGAACGCAUUAUUCUCGUCGCGCGCGCUGGCAAAGGAGCUAAAUCACGAAGCUACAGCUCUUCACAUGACACCGCUUCACUACGCCAUACUAGGAGGGCAUAAAGGGAUGGUGCAACUACUUCUCGACCACGGGGCGGACAUCAACAAGGCAGAUCUGCAAGGCCAAACGCCUUGUGCACUAGCAGAUAAAUGUCGCAAUUGGGACAUUCAUAAGUUGCUCGUUGAACAUGGUGGAAAAACCAUGGCAGAGACGGCUAAGGAACAGGUGUGGAAGUGGUCGACGGAAUUCAUUAAGUUUGUCCGGAUGAGUCUGUGA